AUGAUGUUGUUUGCUUCCGUCCUCAUGCUAUGCAUUCGUGCAGUGUUCACUGCUCCAAGCUUAGACCAGCAGUUAGAAGACAACUGGCAUCUGUGGAAGAGCUGGCAUGGAAAGAAAUACCAUGAGAAAGAGGAGAUGUGGAGGAGAAUGGUUUGGGAGAAGAACUUUAGAAAAAUUGAGCUACACAACCUUGAGCAUUCCAUGGGCAAACACACCUACCGACUGGGCAUGAACCAAUUUGGUGAUCAGACAAAUGAAGAGUUCAGGCAGACAAUGAAUGGUUACAAGCACAACCCCAGCCAGAAAUCAAGGGGCUCUUUGUUCAUGGAGCCCAGCUUUUUUCAGGCUCCCCAACAGGUUGACUGGAGGGAGAAGGGCUAUGUCACCCCUGUCAAAGACCAGGGCCAGUGUGGAUCUUGCUGGGCUUUCAGCUCUACAGGGGCCUUGGAGGGCCAGCUGUUCCGUAAAACGGGAAAACUGGUUUCUUUGAGCGAGCAGAACUUGAUGGACUGUUCCAGGCCGGAGGGCAAUCAAGGCUGCAAUGGAGGUCUCGCGAUCCAGGCCUUCCAAUAUGUUCAGGACAACAAUGGACUGGAUUCUGAGGAGUCCUACCCCUACCUUGCAAUGGAUGAUCAGCCAUGCCACUAUGACCCCAGUUACAGUGCUGCUAAUGACACUGGUUUUGUGGACAUUCCCAGUGGUAAAGAGCAUGUUCUGAUGAAGGCUGUUGCAGCUGUUGGUCCUAUAGCUGUUGCUAUUGAUGCUGGUCAUGAAUCCUUCCAGUUCUACCAGUCUGGCAUCUAUUAUGAAAAGGAGUGCAGCAGUGAAGAACUGGACCAUGAAGUUUUGGUGGUUGGUUAUGGAUAUGAAGGUGCUGAUGUUGCAGGGAGGAAAUACUGGAUCGUAAAGAACAGCUGGACCGAAAAGUGGGGUGACAAAGGCUACAUCUACAUGGCUAAGGACCGUAAGAACCAUUGUGGCAUUGCGACAUCAGCCAGCUAUCCCCUGGUGUAA